AAGAACCUUUGCUUAAUCAGUUGUGUGAAGAUUUGUUAAAAAAAAUAGUGGGUCAUUAGCAAAAUGAAAGCAACAGUAUUUAUAUGCUCACUUCUGAUCUCUCUAUCAGUUGUGAUAGCACAAGAUCCUGAAGUCGAACAGGAACCUGAAGUGGAAGUGGUCCCUGAAGUGGAAGAAAACCCUGACGUGGAACAGAGCCCUGACGUGGAACAGAAUCCUGAAUCUAAACCUGAACAGAAUAAUGCACCACCAAGCAGCCCUCCAAGUUCUCCCAUAGCACCACCACCGUACCCGUACCAACUAAUGCAGCAGUACACUCAAUACUUGCAGUAUCUUCAGUACAUGCAGUACGUAUCGCAGUAUCAAUUGGCUUCGCAAUAUCCUUAUCAGUACCCGGCCGUGCCUUCUCAGUAUCCAGGGGCCCAGUAUCCACCAAGGUCUUCCCAGUACCCACCUAUUGCGUCCCCGUACCAAUAUCCACCAAAGAGUUAUCCAUCAGUUUACCCCUCUCAAUACUCCCCUCAAUACCCUCCACAGUAUCCACAAUACCCACCACAGAGGGCAUACGCACCGACCGGUGGUGUCGGUAAAUAAAAAUAUCUAUAUUUAGUCAAAAAACCCGAACCCGCCAGUACUUUUGUGAUGUAGCACCAAUAAUAACUAGGAUAAAUAAUAACUUUGUAAAUAAAUAAAUUAAUACAUUUUAGAAACUGUUACACUCAUUUCCUAACCAAGUAAUGCCGUUCCAUCAUGGGAUCUGUGUUUAAAAAAACAUCCUUUUAUGACAUGGCAUUUAAGUAAGGCUAUGCAAUUACGGGUGACUGACUUGUCAUCGUGACAGUAUAUUUAUUCUAUGUAUAAUAAGUGGGUCCAUAUUGGCUCACCUAAAGUUAUUUACCCGAAAUUGU